GUAUGGCCGCUAUCACCACCGGUGAUGUGGAAUCUUGUAAUUGAUGGCAGAACAAUAAUAUUAUAAUUUAUGUUUCUUGUUCAUCCUAAUUUUGCUCUUCUGACUGUCGCAAUAAGUGAUCUACAAGAUGCAGGACGCUCUGAAGUCUAAUAAUAUGUUUUUACGCAGAGCUUUGGAAAAAAUACUAAAUGAAAAAGAAACGAAGAAAUCGUACAACUCACAACUGAAAAAGGCCUGCGAAGUUGCACUGGGUGAGAUAAAAUCUGAACAAGGGGAAACAAAGAGCCCAAAAGAGUCUUCGGCGCUUCCUUUACCACAGAGCAACAUCAACAUCAUCGCGGCCGAUAAAUAUUUCCUGCCAUUUGAGCUAGCCUGUCAAUCGAAAUCAGCCCGCAUCGUAAAUAUUGCGCUUGACUGCUUACAGAAAUUAAUAGCAUAUGGACAUUUAACUGGGAAGGGGCCAGAUACGACUGACCCCACCAAGAAACUUAUUGAUCGGAUUGUGGAAACUAUAUGUGGAUGUUUUAUUGGGACGCAGACUGAUGAAGGCGUUCAGCUUCAGAUCAUUAAGGCCCUGUUAACUGCAGUAACAUCACCCACCUGCGAAGUGCAUGAAGGCACGUUGCUGCAUGUCGUCAGAACUUGUUACAAUAUAUACCUUGCCAGUAAGAACCUCAUCAACCAAACGACAGCUAAAGCAACGCUCACACAAAUGCUUAACGUCAUCUUCAUACGGAUGGAGCAACAGGCAGCUCAGGAACAGAAGGUGAGAGAAGAGGAAGAAUCAAAAGAUAAAUCAGAGGUGGAGAAUAGUGUAAAAGGCCAGGAUGAGAGAGAUAACGGCAGUAAAGAUAUGACCAGUGCUGGGGAUGGAGAGACACCGAAUGUUAUGGUCAAUGGAGAAGUUGUUAGUCUUGAAGAUGACCAAGGGGAAGGAGACGGAGCAGAGGAGAAUAUUGAAAUCAUAGUCAAGACCAUCCUCUCAGAUAUAGUAGAUUCCAUCAUUAUUGAAGAUGGCAAGAUAGCAGGAGAAAGCCCAUCUCCAACUGUGGCAACACCUGGGAGUGAGGAGGACCCUGGUGAUGGCACUGUAUCACCAUUCUCUCACGUUUUGCAGAAGGAUGCGUUUCUUAUAUUUAGGUCUCUAUGCAAGCUGUCAAUGAAACCCUUACCAGAUGGUCCCACUGAUCCAAAAUCGCAUGAACUGCGUUCCAAGGUGCUAUCGCUGCAGCUGUUACUGUCUGUCCUGCAAAAUGCUGGCCCAGUGUUCCGUACAAAUGAGAUGUUUAUUACCGCUAUUAAGCAGUAUCUUUGCGUGGCACUGUCCAAGAAUGGUGUCUCAUCAGUUCCGGAGGUUUUUGAGCUUUCAUUGGCAAUUUUCUUAGUUUUGUUGAGCAAUUUUAAGACGCAUCUCAAGAUGCAGGUUGAGGUAUUUUUCAAAGAAAUUUUCUUAAAUAUAUUGGAGACUUCCACAAGUUCGUUUGAACACAAGUGGAUGGUAAUUCAGGCAUUGACACGGAUAUGUGCAGAUGCUCAGUGCGUUGUUGAUAUCUACCUCAACUAUGACUGUGAUUUAGCCCGGGCCAACAUCUUUGAGCGUCUAAUCAACGACUUGUCAAAGAUCGCACAAGGGAGACAAGCCAUUGAGCUUGGUGCAACCCCACAGCAAGAGAAAAGGAUGCGGAUUAAGGGCCUAGAGUGCCUCGUAUCGAUACUGAAGUGUAUGGUGGAAUGGAGUAAAGAUCUGUAUGUUAAUCCAAACGUACAAACAAAUUUAGUACAAGAGAACACUGGAGGUUCUCACCCAGAACAUCUGGACACUGACAGCGGCAAAGGAACCAUGACAAGCUAUGGCAGUCAAAACUCACUCAACUCAAAUCAUUCCUCAAUUGCAGCUAACCAGAGUCAGGCGGCAACAGAUAACCCUGAACAGUAUGAGACAUUAAAACAACAGAAAGAGAUCAUUGAACAAGGAAUUGAAUUAUUUAAUACCAAGAAAGCGUCAAGGGGUUUAACAUACCUCCAGGAGCAAGGAAUUCUGGGAAGGACGGCUGAAGAUAUUGCACAAUUCUUCCACACAGAUGAACGCUUAGAUAAGACUGUGAUGGGAGAUUACUUAGGCGAAAAUGAUAAGUUCACUAAAGAAGUGAUGUAUGCCUAUGUGGAUCAGAUGGACUUCAGUUCCAAGAACAUUGUUGCGGCAUUGCGGGAAUUCCUAGAAGGGUUCCGUCUGCCUGGCGAAGCCCAGAAGAUUGACAGGAUGAUGGAAAAGUUUGCGAGUCGUUAUAUCGAGAACAAUGCCGAACAGAACAUAUUCGCAAGUGCAGAUGCGGCAUACGUGUUGGCGUACUCUAUCAUCUUACUCACUACAGAUCUACAUAGUUCACAGGUGAAGCACAAAAUGACAAAAGAGCAAUAUAUUAAAAUGAACCGUGGGAUCAAUGACAGCAAGGACCUCCCUCCCGAGUACUUGUCAGAAAUUUACGACGAGAUUGCGGAUCAGGAGAUUAGAAUGAAACAAACCACAUCGAGCAAAGUUACAACCAAAGCAUCAUCAUUAACCAGUGAGAAACAGAGGAGAUCGAUGUUCACAUUUGAGAUGGAUGCCAUUGCUCAGACGGCCAAGAAUUUGAUGGAGUCGAUCAGCCACGUCCCCUCAAACUUCACUAGCGCAUCUCAUCAAGAACAUGUUAGACCAAUGUUUAAGGUUGCGUGGACGCCUUUUUUGGCAGCGUUCAGCGUGGGUCUCCAGGAUUGUGAUGAUGCUGACAUCGCCGGUUUCUGCCUUGAUGGAAUUCGCUGUGCAAUACGUAUAACCUGCAUAUUCCACAUGGUCGUAGAACGUGACGCAUACGUACAGGCAUUGUCACGGUUUACCCUGUUGACCGCCAAUUCAUCAAUCACCGAGAUGAAGACAAAAAAUAUUGACACAAUCAAAACGUUAAUAACAGUUGCACAUACGGAUGGCAACUAUUUAGGAAAAUCAUGGCUGGAGAUCUUGAAGUGUAUUUCACAAUUAGAAUUAGCGCAAUUAAUUGGAACCGGUGUCAAGACAAAGUUUCUAGCAUCUGGCUCAUCUUCAGGAGGGGGAGGCCAUAGCAAUGAUUUGUUAGAGUCUGGCGAAGGGGCGAUGGGAAGAAUGAGUGGACUGGACCAGAAGAAGCUAGCUAUACUGCAAGAAGCAAUGGGUGAGACGUCAUCUCAAAGCAUCGUGGUGGCGGUAGACAGAAUCUUCACCGGCUCAACGAGGCUUGAUGGUGAUGCAAUAGUUGACUUUGUGCAAGCUCUUUGCAAGGUGUCUAUAGAUGAAUUACAUUCCACAGUUCAUCCUAGAAUGUUUAGUCUUACUAAGAUAGUUGAGAUCUCCUACUACAACAUGGGCCGUGUCAGGAUCCAAUGGUCCAGGAUAUGGGCUGUACUGGGAGAACAUUUCAACAAGGUGGGCUGUAACCCUUCAGAAGAUGUUGCAUUUUUUGCGGUUGAUUCCCUUCGUCAAUUGUCAAUGAAAUUCUUGGAGAAAGGCGAGUUGGCUAAUUUCCGUUUCCAAAAAGAGUUCCUUCGUCCAUUUGAACUCAUAAUGAAGAAAAAUAGGUCACCCACAAUCCGAGACAUGGUGGUAAGGUGUAUAGCACAGAUGGUCAAUUCUCAGGCUGGUAACAUUAGAUCCGGUUGGAAGAACGUAUUUUCCGUGUUCUUCCUGGCUGCUUCUGACCAUGAUGAAGGCAUCGUUGAACUUGCAUUCCAAACAACUGGCAAAAUUAUAUCUUCUGUAUUUGAGAAGUACUUUUCAGCAAUCCUAGACUCCUUUCAAGACGCUGUGAAGUGUCUGUCAGAGUUUGCAUGCAAUGCAGCUUUUCCUGACACCAGUAUGGAGGCUAUCAGACUAAUUAGAAACUGCGCUAAAUAUGUCAUGGAUAAACCACAAAUGUUCAAAGAACAUGCAGGUGACCAAGAAGUUCAAGUUAGUGAAGAAGACAGGGUGUGGGUCAAAGGUUGGUUCCCGGUGCUCUUUGAACUCUCAUGCAUCAUUAACCGAUGUAAGCUCGAUGUUAGGACCAGGGGCUUAACUGUGAUGUUUGAGAUUAUGAAGAGCUAUGGGCAUACUUUCUCAAAACACUGGUGGAAAGACUUGUUUCAAAUUGUGUUUAGGAUCUUUGAUAACAUGAAAUUACCUGAACAACAGGUGGAGAAAGCAGAAUGGAUGACGACAACAUGCAAUCAUGCUUUGUACGCAAUCAUUGACGUAUUCACACAGUACUUUGACAUUCUCAACGACAUACUCCUUGAUGAACUUUUAAGCCAACUCUUCUGGUGUGUCCAGCAAGAUAAUGAGCAGCUAGCAAGAUCAGGAACAAAUUGCCUUGAAAACCUUGUGAUUUCAAAUGGAGAGAAAUUCAGCACUGUCAUGUGGGACAAAAUCUGCCUCUGCAUGAUGCAAAUAUUCAAUUCAACCAUUCCAGAAUUAUUAUCAACGUGGAAACCUGAGGGUUACGAAGUAGAACUGACAACUCCACGUCAAGACCAAGACAAUGCACAGGAUCCGGCAGGGAGAGCAGGAUCACCAGUGAAUGGGGAGACGAGUCCCAAUAAGAAGGAGCAGCUACAAAGGACAGGUAGCAUACACAGUGUACAUAGCAUAUCGAGCAUCACAAGUACAGAGAGUAAAGGCAGUAAACGAGAGUAUCAGAAAACAGCAGCUGAUCAGAAACUCUUCACGUCCAUCUUAAUCAAGUGUGUGGUACAACUUGAGUUGAUUCAAAGCAUCGACAGCAUUCUGUUCUUUCCAGCCACGAGUCGGCACGAAGAUGAGGAGAAUAUGAAAGCAGUACAGGAUGGUAGUUUUAGUUCCGCAUUCCUGACAUCCUCCGAGAAGGAUGACCCUGGAAUGUUCCGAUACCUUUCCGUUGAUCAGCUUUUCAAACUUCUGGACUGCCUUGAGCAAUCCCACCGGUUUGCUAAGCAAUUUAACACAAAUAAUCCUCAGAGAGAACUACUUAGGAAUGCAGGUUUCAAAGGGAAAAGUAAACCUAACUUAUUAAAGCAAGAGACUUCCAGCUUGGCUUGUUUACUUAGAGUGCUCUUUAAGAUGUACUCUGAUGAGAAACGACAAGAAUUCUGGCCCAAGAUCCAACAAAAACUCAUCAGUGUUUGCGAAGAAGCAUUGAGGUAUUUCUUGACUUUAGAAUCUGAGAGCCAUCGAGACACGUGGAAGUCGCUCAUUGUUCUACUUCUCACAAAGAUGCUGAAAAUGAAUGAACAACGAUUUAAAGUUCAUGCAUCAAAUCACUACACUAGCCUCUGUGAGGUCAUGCUGUUUGACCUUAAGUGGGAGCAGCGUGCCAUCCUUCGUUCUUUCUUCCUUCGAACGGGAGAAGUAUUCAACGUGAUCUGUGAAUCCUAGCAGGGGAGGGCGGACAAUGUGCACAGCAUCAAUGAAAAUAUAAUAAUUAUACCAUCAAUGAUUUUAUUAAUUAACACCAUUAAAUUAUGCAAGACAAAAUGCAGGUGACAUUAAUAUAAAUUCUUAAGCUAAAUAGGUCACUUAUUAGAAUAUAUUUAAAAAAUAAAUGAAUUAUUAAUAGAUAAAUGUAUUUGUAAUUUUUAUGUAUGUAAGUGGGGCAAUAGUGUGUAAACCAUGCAUUGAGAGUGAAUACUUUACUUAAACUGUGGGCUUAACAAGCUCACAAAUGUGCACCUUGGGAGCUAUAAUUAUAAGCACCCACUAUUCAAUGGGAUGGUCCUACAUGUCUGCAUCAACUAUCAAAUGGUAAUAAGCCAAUUUGUAGUUACUGUAGAACUGUCAUGCUAGUAUCGAGAUCAAUCGACAUAAACACCAUACACACAACAUAGGUUUAUGUUCAUUGACCUUGGAUACCGUACGAGCAUGUGUAGUCCUAACUAUGAAUUGGCUUAUUGAUCUACAUUAUACCACCUCCUGCCUUACAGCAAACACAAGAUUAUAAGCUCAGGAUGUUUCACUUUUAUCAUAGGCAUUGGAUGAAUGCAGAUUCACAUAUAUUAUGAUGUAAAACUUUUGAGACUGUCCCUGUAAAAUUUAGAAAGUCUUGCUGAUAAUGAAUUAAUUACCUUGAUAAAUUAGCUGCGAAAUGCAGCACUAAACUAUGAAUUUCUAUGAAACACUCUGAAUUUCAUUUUAUAUAAAGAACAAAAUUUAACUUUCAUUGUUAGUUAAAAAUAUAAAGAGUUGAAAAAUGGUUUUAGAGUAAAACCCGGUUUCCAUUUGCAGUGUCGUCGACAGCUCUCUGAGUUAACAUAAUGUAGCAAUUGUAUGGAAACCAAACUAAUCAAAAGGACUAAACUAAGACCGUUGAUGGUGUCUAGAAACCACAUGAACAGGUUAUUUGACAACCAUGAUUGGUACAAGUUCCUUAGUAUUACUAACUUUAACUUCAACCAUUGCAAUUAUAACCAUGAUAAUACUGUAAUGCAGUAAAAAUGCUAUACCAAAGGUACUAUUACUGGUAAUACCAUUGAUUGUAUAGUGUUUUGUAACUCUUGGUUUAAUAUUUAGCACCAGGGCAUUUAUUUAAUGGUAAAAUAUAAACCAAAAAAUACCAUAGCUGGUAAAACCAUUCCUGGUAAAGUGCAUAGCAGAAACUACUGUUACUGGUUACUGGUAGAAUAAUGGCAAUUCCUGGUAAAAUGAGUAAAUGUCAAUGGUAGAAUUAGCACCAUCUGUAGUGAAGUAACCAUGAUCCAAUAAUAUAACUGCGCAAUACAGGACUUUGUACUUGACAUAGAUAUCUAGGACAAAUUGAGGGGAUAGCUGCGGGUAAAAAUUAGCUUUUUUCUGUGUAUGUGUAAAUAGUCAGAUACAGAUGUGGAAACGUUUAUGCUUUUUUUAUUUGUAUGAUUUAGUCAUAUAAUCAUUAUUCAAAUUAGCCACAUGGUUAUUAUUCAAAUUAGUUAUGUAAAUCCUAAAUUUUUACCUGAAAUCGUCUCUUAAUUCUUUCUAUUGAUUUCAAAAUUUCUGUAUUCAUCGGUCAGAUCAUGAUAAGCACUCCAACCCCCAUGAAAAGAAUAUCUUUUAAGACAUGAGUAAUUCCUUUACACCUGCAUCUUAAGGGAGGAAAGUGAACACUUGCCCUGGUGUCCCAAAGGUCACAGAGCAUGUGCAAUUCCUUUCAUGUUAUGUAUGUUCUUUGUGAUUUUCAUUUUAGGAGGUAGUUUAAGGGACCAUGCAUCUUUGUGAAGGGAAAGUGGCUUUAAUGAAGCAACUAGUCCGCUCGGGCUUGUGGAGACCAACGGGCCAGUAGCCGAGACCAGUAGAACUGUGCUAGAGUUAUUCAGUAGUGAUAACAUGUAUCUUAAGGGAUUUUAUUUUCACAAGGGAAAAAAUAUAUGAGAAAUGAAAUAUAACAAUUCAGAAGGAAACAUUAAAUAGAGGAAAUUAUCAA